UCCAUCUUCGGUUCUGCUAGCGACUCCUUGUGGAAUUACUACCAGCAUCAUCAUGACUCUUGAAGAAGUUCUCAUCCAGAAGUCCACCGAGAGGGCUCAGUGCACUGGAAAAGCACUGGAAGAAGUUUUGGGUUCUGCCAAAGCGAACGACUGCCUUACCAUUGGCGUUUACGAGUCUGCCAAAGUUAUGAAUGUUGACCCAGACUGCGUGUCUUUCUGCGUCCUGGCGAUGGAUGAGGAGUUUGAGUGCGACAUCGCUCUCCAAAUCCACUUCACUCUCAUCCAAGCCUUCUGUUUCGACAACGACAUCAGCAUCGUUAGAGUGAAUGACAUGCAGCGUCUUUCUGAGAUUGUUGGUGACAGUGCUGAACAAUUUGAGGAUGCUCACUGCGUGCUUAUCACGAACCCAGCUGAGGACUCAUGGGAGGAUCCAGCUCUGGAGAAGCUUCAUCUGUUCUGUGAAGAAAGUCGCAGCUAUAACGAGUGGGUUCCUGAGAUCACUCUGCCCGAGCGUUGAUCUGGAGCUUUACUCUUCUCUGUUGAGAUGCUGUAAACCUUGAGGAAUACUCGACUCAUCCUUCGAAGCAAGGAUGCUGAUGUUUCCACAUCCCUGGAUGCUCCUGAGGAGGCUGAACCAUCCAGGCAGCGCGAGGCAGGUCCGAGUGGCCCUCGCGGUCCUACGUCGUUCCUCGUCCCGUCCAUGCCAAGAUGAUCCUCAUUCUUUAUGUGAACGAGGUCAGGUAUGCCACGAGAGCGACACCAUGGCACUCAUUCUUUGUGCGGAUGAGGUUUGGAGAGAAAGGAGAAGCGAGGUUUGCCUCUGUUCCACAGAGCAAAUAUCGCAUGCGUUGGACACGCAGAGGACGCGGCGGUGCGUCGAAGCAACGUUUUUAAAAAUGGACUUUAACAUCUCAGACGUUUUUAAAAAUGGAAUUGCUGCACAAUAUAACGUACUUUAUUGUCGGCAAUGUGCUUUCCACUUUCCAGAAUUGUCUUAUUCUCUAAAGGUUUCACUUUAGAAAUAUAAAAAUGACAUAAAAUGGGUGAAAAAAAGAGAGAGAGAGAGAAAAAAAACUAAUUUAAAAAUCUCUAAAGGUUUCACUUUAGAAAUAUUUAUAUGACAAAAAAAGAAAAAAACGAACUUAAAAAUCUCUAAAGGUUUCAUUUUAGAAAUAUUUGAUAUAAAAUGUAAAAAAAAAAAAAAAAGUAAUUAAAUGUUGUUUGACUUUGCAUUACAACUUUUGCAUUGUAUAAAUUAUGUAAUAAUGCAUAAAAACAAUAAAUGUAUUAAA